GGAAGGACGUGGUGGUGUUGUCCCGCUUGCUUCGCCGCGCUUCACCUCUUCCCGCUUCGGAUCGUCUCGUCUCUCUGAGGAAGCAUCGCCCUGCAUGGACGCUUCGUGUACGUGCCUUCCUCGAGAGAAGUCAAUAGACGCGAUAUGAUUUACACCGGGCUGGCUACCGGUAAUGCGGGUCAAUAACUUCCAUCGGAGCUGAGUUAAUUAUUAUAUUUUUUUUCAACAACUUGUUCAACAUUACGAACCAUCUUGAUAGAUUGACCGAACAAUAGCAGAUAGUAGAGGAACAGAAUCGAUCGAGUGGCACAAGUAUUUUCCAACUUGGAGGAUAUACUCCAAGUUAGUCCGUAUUCGCUUAACGGUAUUUUCCCGGUCAUCGAAAAUCGCGGUCCCCUUCGCGACUUUGAGAAAACCACCACACCGCACACGCAAUUUAUUUCGGCCGCAAGUUGACCUACGUGCUCAAGAAAGUCAAUUAUUGUAUAAUCAAGGCCGCAGUGGAGUAUCUCAUACGUAAACGUCUUGAUACCAUCUUCAUUAGCGAAUCUAGCAAGUAGAAACGUAACAGCGUCUCUUUUUUACAAUGAGAAUGCGAAGAAUGCUUUGACACGAUCAGCCUCCACGCAAUUAUCAUCAUGGUGCACCGUCGUCGAAGAAUGUCAUAAAAACUGAACUCUGACUCUCGUGGGAAACUGCAGCGUGCGUUACGAAUACAAUUCGAUCGGAAGUAAAAUUUCAAGAGUCCGGACGAUGACUUCCAUGUGUGGCAGCGGAAAAAAUCAUACCGCGAUGAACGCCGGCGGUUAUUACAGGCCUUACACUUAUCAGAGUGACUAUUAUCUACCAAGAUCCACUUGGUCCAGGGUAUCGGUAGCACGAAGAAAUGGCAAUACUACAUGGAGGUUUGGAAGUGCCAUGUUAAUUUUAUCGGCUAUGUUAGUGUUGAUUGCAGUUCUGGCAAUUGCUGGAUUAGCUCUAUGGAUGGGUGCUUUUCGAACAGAUUCUAAAAAUGCUAUCGUCGGAUUUUCAUGUAACUUCAGAAUAGCAAGAGGCGAAAGGUAUAAUCCCAUGUUAAAACUAAACACGAGCAUGGUCUUCCGAGAAAAGGAACGAAAAUUCAAAAAUAUUUUCGAGCUUUUAUUUAGGAGAAGCGUGCUCGGCUUAUCCUACAAGCAAACCAUGAUAGACAAAUUUGAGAAUGGGACUUUGAAAGUUUUCUUCAGAUUGUAUCUCGACCGAAGGAAGAUACCACGCUCGAUCGUAAAUAUCGAAGACACCAUUCAAGAUAUUAUUGUCAAAGAAACAUACUCAAUAUCAUCAUUGUUUAAAGAUAUGGAGUUAGACCUUACGUCCGUAUCAGUGAAAAGAAUAAGUCAGGAAAGUGUCAUGAACCAGAAACAAGGGCAGCAGAAACAUGCUAUGAUCACUAAAAACGGUCUAUUACGACCAAAUAGAAACAGCAGCUUGAUUAUGAGUUCAAAGCCAAAAACGAAACCAACCAGGAUCGAAUCCAGCGAGCCCAACAUAGACUUCAACAACAUCCCAACCAUCCAGGGUACCUAUAGAGCAACGAAAGUUAAUAUCACCGCGGAAAAUUCAACUAAAGAAUUAUCUGAGCCGAUAACAGAUAGCAAAGGAUUAGUCACUACUAGGAGAACGCCGUCACACCCCACGACGUCACAGAAAGUAUUGAAUCACGUAGAAUCUUCGCCAACGGGCGAACCUUCGACAAAAUCCACGGUAGCUACGUCCAGCAAGACUAAAUCAAACGAAAAACGAGAAAAUGAAAUGAAAACUACGUCUUCAGGGACCACAACUGUUCGAAGCGAUUUGGAUAUUUUCAAAGAUUUCCGUAAUCCAGAUUUCGAGAAUAACUCACCGUGGAAGCCGAUCGUGCCGGGAUAUGUAACCACGGAAUUCAAGUUGCUACCAAAUAACAAUGUCAGAGAAACCAGUUACACAGAAUCAACCACGCGGAGAGUAGUUCCGACAACGAGUGAUUCCCGCGAUAACGUGAGAAUGCCCAACGCUGGAACCAGCACGUCGUCAACGGUGCCAGGGUCAUCGUUAGAUUCUAUCAACUUUCACGAUGUGUCUGAAAUAAAUACCUUCGAUAUAGACAACACCGAUUUUCCGCGAGAUAGGAUCGUUCCAGGUCUGACAGCUAGGCCGAACGACGACGGGAAACUGGACAUUGAAGUAGCCGGACAGUUGCCUUCGGAAAUGUACAGCGUCAAGUUAAAAGCCUCGUCACAUAAUGCCGAUGAUGGGGUAACUUCCACCUCUGAGAUCCCAAUGAUUCGCGGAGUUUCCAAAAAUAUAAUGCCAACAAAAGAUAGAGCCUCAAACGCUACUCGAAAGCCGGAGAUCAAGUUUGAUAACUCGGCAUCGAUGGUCGAACCGGAUUACAUAUUCGGGUCAAGCAGUGAUGAGAAAAUGAACGAUUCGCUCACGAGCGGUAUUGGCGAAGCGGAACCUGUGCCAGACACGGAAGUCGAAUCGGAAGCGAAGAAUCAAUACAGGGGAAGCGGUAUCCUGGCGCUGACCACGGACGAAAACACGUUGCGAAACAGGAAGAUUAACGUUAAUUCGCAGCAACCGAUUUACACCAGUUACAAUACGCCUGAUCUGAAUGGCGGCAGUCUCGGCGGGUCCAGUUUGAUCGAGAACCUGGCGACGACGAAACCUUUCAGACACACGAUACCCGUCGACAAAAUCACGUCCGUCGUACAUUAUAGUAUCAAUUAUAGCAGUCCUCUUCAUAACUUGGACGAUCUAUCUCUUUCGGAUGGCACGACCACCGACGCGAAAUUGUCCGAAGAUAAAGCCUUGACGCCGAUACCAUCAACGAGAGUCGAAGUGGAAACUUCUGUUAUAGGGCACGAUGAGAGAGAUGCGACGGUCCAGUUGUCAAGUCAUGGACGAAUUACGUCGACAGACCCGAAUGUAAAGGAGGACGACAGAUUAUCGCACUCUGGCAUCACGGAGAGUUACUCGGAGUCAAAACUGAUCCCCAAAGAUUCGGGCGGGAAGAGGGGCGUAUCGAGAAACUCGACGUUCGUCGAAGUCGACAUUAUGAAGCACACGCCCGGCGAGUCGGAAGAAAACGGAGAAACAUACCCAGAGAAAGACGAAGCGACAGCCGACGAUGGCGAAUCGCAAAAGAAGGUUUAUAACGAGACUUUAAAGGCCUACGUGGUGGAAAAUCUCGUGACGCUGGCGCCUGUGAAAAGCAACACGGGGAUCGGUAGGCCGGUGCGACCGAAACCGAAGCUCGACUCCCCCGAUACUCUUUUAGAGCAGUUAUUUGGGGUGCGCGAUUACACGCACGACGGAGACACGAUGACGGAUACCGAAUCCGCCAACUCUGAAUCCUCCUCUUCCUCCUCGCACAAGAUCCAGGACUCUGCGAAAUCCGACGAGAAGGGAUCUACAAAUAAGAGCACUAUAGUGGAACAAAUAGUCGAGGUCGUUACCUCCAUCAGUACCAGAGUGUCGUCCAAUAUUAAGAGCGAUCCGGUCAUCCUGAAAUUCAUCGUCGCCAAUUCUACGACCGAUCCGGUUACUCAUUCAAAGAAGACUUCGACGUCGGGCAACGAAGCAAAUAAAUCAUUCGAAUCGGCUGUCGAUACAACGGAGAAGAUACUCCCCGAAAGUCGGCCGAUUUUGUCAGCGGCGAACUUAAGGACGAUGCAGACGUCGGACAGAAAAAUGUCGCUCGAGGAGAACAGAGUUCUGCUGGAGAAGCUCAAACAGCUCGCCCAGAUCAAAACGGACGACGAUCCCGUACGAGUCAUUAGAAACAACUCAAAGCAAAACUCAAGCGAAAUUUUGCGACUUCAAGAUCUCGCGCCGUCGCUGAACAUCGACGAGCUGAAGAAAAUCGCCGACGUCGUGACUGGAAACGAGAGUCUACAGAACGCAAAUUCGGGAUUCACGUUGAGUCGUGAUGGGGUGGAAAUAUUUACGAAAGUAUUAAAUAAGGAAGAGGACCGAGGAGAGAGAAACGAGGCAGAUACAAUGUCGAAGAUUCGAGAAAGCAAGACUAACGAGACCAAUGAUAGCUGCGACGGUUUCCUCUGCGGAGAUGGAAAAUGCUUAAACUCCAGCGCGAUUUGUAACAUGCUGGUAGAAUGUCCGGGCGCGGAGGACGAAGCUAAUUGCACGUGCGCCGACUUCCUCAAGACGCAAAUGUAUCAAAAAAUCUGCGACGGUAUCGCCGAUUGUUGGGAUUAUUCGGACGAGAGCAAUUGCGACUGGUGCGAGAAAGGUCAAUUCGUAUGCGGUAACAGCAAAUCCUGCAUUGAUAUGGAUAAGGUAUGCAACGGUGUUAGCGAUUGUCCCGGCGGCGAAGACGAGAAGAAAUGCACUGCUCUGAUAGACGACGAGCCGGAAGAAGACAUUGCUGGACCGCGAAUUGAUCUCGUCUCGACGGAAAAUCUAUCGAGAAAUCAAUCCGAGGUAGAAUCUCAUUUCCACACACAUCAAGCAAUCGAGCCCUCUGUUACAGACACAGCUACUCCAUAUAUCCUCCCUGACGAUCUUGAAUUUGAGAGAUUAAUGAACGACAAUAAUAGCUUAUCUCCGAAGUUGAUUGAUCAGGAAUCGGCUCGAAAUAGAGACGCGGGGGAGAGUAAAAUCAUCGUCGCUGUUUCCAGCAGAGAGACUCCCGAAAGUUCGUCGGAUGUCUUAAGGAACGGUUUAACUCCGGAGAAUAAUUUGCGUGUUAAAAAUAACAGAACUUUUCCAGUAGCGAACGUUCAUAACAAGGAGAUCGAUAAUUAUAACAACAGAGGAUACCUCAGUGUACGAAAAAACGGAAAAUGGGGAAAGCUUUGUUUAGCCGAUACGAAUAGUCUUAACCGAGAGCGGCACGCGCGCCGAAUUACGUUGUCCGUCGAAGAUCUUGCUAAAGCUGCGUGCAAGGCCAUCACGUAUCGAGAUUACGAAACAGUAGAAAAAGUACUGGACCAGAACCCGGUGCCGAACCAGUUUUACUACACUUUGUCGUACAAUGACAAAUCCGAACUCUCGGACAAAACAGCCUUGUCUUUGAAAUCGUCCGAGUGCCCGAGCGGCGAAGUUCUCAAAGUACGAUGCAAAAAUUUCGAAUGCGGAAUAAGAACUCAAGUGGCAUCGACUGCGAGCAGAUCGUUCCCUUCUCGUCAUUCCAGGAUUGUUGGCGGUGCCAGUAGCUCCAUGGGCAACUGGCCAUGGCAAAUUGCCUUGUACAAGGAUGGAAAAUAUCAAUGUGGUGGUGCUUUAAUAAAAGAUCGAUGGGUUAUUUCUGCAGCGCAUUGCUUUUAUCGCGCAGAGGACAGCUACUGGGUCGCAAGAAUCGGUGCGACUCGUAGAGGAAGCUUCCGAAGCCCGCACGAGCAGCUCUUACGGGUGGAUUACAUCGAUCUACACCCGGAUUACAUAAAUAACGGAUUCGUCAAUGACAUAGCUGUAAUAAGACUUGAACGAGCGGUCAGCUUCAGUGACUACAUUCGACCAGUGUGCCUCCCAAAAGCACCGGUCCCCAGCGAGACGAUAUGCGUGGUGACUGGAUGGGGACAGUUAAAUGAAAUCGGCAGAGUGUUUCCUGAUACUCUGCAAGAAGUACAAAUUCCGGUGAUAUCGACGGAAGAUUGUCGACGGAAGACUCUAUUCUUACCGCUGUAUAAGAUUACAUCUGGCAUGUUGUGCGCAGGAUUAGAGAACGGUGGCAAAGACGCGUGUCUUGGAGAUAGCGGCGGGCCUUUGGUAUGCUUGUCCCCGUUGGAAAACCGUUAUGUGUUACAAGGUAUCACUUCAAACGGAUAUGGAUGUGGCAGACGAGAACGACCGGGCGUGUAUACGAAAAUUUAUUCUUAUAUGACGUACAUCAAUAUUAUCACCACGCAGAAAGACAUUCAACCGUCCGCGGUGGAAUUCUGCAAAGGUCACAGAUGCCCUCUCGGAGAAUGUUUACCCAAAUCACGUGUCUGCAAUGGAUUUCUAGAAUGCUCCGACGGCAGCGACGAACGAGAUUGCUCCGCGAUCUCGCGAUAAUACAAGACUGAUAUGUCGAUAUGAUAAUGUAAACGCGAUUUAUACAAUAUAAGCCACGCUAGCGCAGUCUGAUAAAUAAGUGUAGUUUCUCAUUGAGGAAGAACUCACACACACAAUUGUAUAUACGUAAAAUACAAUGUAUCUAUGGAAAUCGAAUUAAAAUACAGUAACAAUAAGCAGCAAAACUCGAUAAACUGUUGCAAAACUUUCCUUCAGAUGGUUCUGCAAAUAUA